CGGGGGGAGGGGCGUCAAGAUGGCGGCGGGGAGGUAGGCAGAGCCGGACGCCGCUGCCACCGCCGCCGCCGCCGCCUCCGCUUCGCUCGCCUCAGCUCCGUCCAGCCGUCGCCGCCCGGGAGAAGCCGCGUCGGCGCCGGACCGCGCGGGGAAAAUGGUGGAGCCAGGGCAAGAUUUACUGCUUGCUGCUUUGAGUGAAAGUGGAAUCAGUCCUAAUGACCUCUUUGAUAUUGAUGGUGGAGAUGCAGGGCUCACGGCGCCAGCGUCUACUCCAGCUCAGCAGUCAGUACCACUUAGUACAAUAGAACUGGGUUUGGAGACUGAAACAGCAGUUCCUGUUAAACAAGAACCAGAGACGGUACCUACUUCAGCACUAAUAAAUGUUAGGCAGCAGCCUCCGUCUACUACAACAUUUGUGCUCAAUCAGAUUAAUCAACUUCCAACCUUGGGCUCUACAAUUGUAAUGACCAAAACCCCACCUGUAACGACAAAUCGGCAAACCAUCACAUUAACCAAGUUUAUUCAGACCACAGCCAACACACGUCCUUCAGUUUCAGCACCCACAGUGCGAAAUGCUAUGACUUCUGCACCUUCCAAAGACCAGGUUCAACUGAAGGACCUGCUGAAGAACAGCAGCCUGAACGAACUCAUGAAGCUGAAGCCUCCAGCCAAUAUCGCGCAGCCUGUGGCCACUGCAGCUACUGAUGUAAGCAAUGGAACAGUAAAGAAAGAGUCCUCUAAUAAAGAAGUAGCAAGAAUAUGGAUAAACGACAUGAAGAUGAGGAGUUUUUCCCCAACCAUGAAAGUCCCUGUUGUGAAAGAAGAAGAUGAACCAGAGGAAGAAGAUGAAGAAGAAAUGGGGCAUGCAGAAACCUACGCAGAGUAUAUGCCAAUAAAAUUAAAAAUUGGCCUGCGUCACCCAGAUGCCGUAGUGGAAACCAGUUCUUUGUCUAGUGUCACUCCUCCCGAUGUCUGGUACAAAACAUCUAUUUCUGAAGAGACCAUUGACAAUGGCUGGUUAUCAGCAUUGCAGCUCGAGGCGAUCACAUAUGCAGCCCAGCAACAUGAAACGUUUCUACCUAAUGGAGAUCGUGCUGGCUUCUUAAUUGGUGAUGGUGCAGGUGUAGGUAAAGGAAGGACCAUAGCAGGAAUCAUCUAUGAAAAUUAUUUGCUGAGUAGGAAAAGAGCAUUAUGGUUCAGUGUUUCAAAUGAUUUAAAGUAUGAUGCUGAAAGAGAUUUGAGGGAUAUUGGAGCAAAAAACAUUUUGGUCCAUUCAUUAAAUAAGUUUAAGUAUGGAAAAAUAUCUUCGAAACAUAAUGGAAGUGUGAAAAAAGGUGUCAUUUUUGCUACCUAUUCUUCCCUUAUUGGUGAAAGUCAGUCUGGUGGCAAAUACAAAACUAGAUUGAAGCAACUGCUACACUGGUGCGGCGAUGACUUCGAUGGUGUUAUAGUGUUUGAUGAAUGUCAUAAAGCAAAAAACUUAUGUCCUGUUGGUUCUUCAAAGCCAACCAAAACAGGCUUAGCAGUUUUAGAGCUUCAGAACAAAUUGCCAAAAGCCAGAGUUGUUUAUGCUAGUGCCACUGGUGCUUCUGAACCGCGGAACAUGGCCUAUAUGAACCGUCUUGGAAUAUGGGGUGAGGGGACUCCAUUUAGAGAAUUCAGUGAUUUUAUUCAAGCGGUAGAACGGAGAGGUGUUGGUGCCAUGGAAAUAGUUGCUAUGGAUAUGAAACUUAGAGGAAUGUACAUUGCCCGACAACUAAGCUUUACUGGAGUGACCUUCAAAAUUGAGGAAGUUCUUCUUUCUCAGAGCUAUGUUAAAAUGUAUAACAAAGCAGUUAAGCUGUGGGUUGUGGCCCGAGAGCGAUUCCAGCAAGCUGCAGACCUGAUCGACGCUGAGCAGCGAAUGAAGAAGUCCAUGUGGGGCCAGUUCUGGUCCGCUCACCAGAGGUUUUUCAAGUAUCUGUGCAUAGCGUCGAAGGUGAAGAGAGUCGUGCAGCUCGCUCGAGAAGAAAUCAAGAACGGAAAGUGUGUUGUGAUUGGUCUGCAGUCCACAGGAGAAGCAAGGACGCUAGAAGCCUUGGAAGAGGGUGGAGGAGAAUUAAAUGAUUUUGUUUCAACUGCCAAAGGAGUAUUGCAGUCACUCAUUGAAAAACACUUCCCUGCUCCAGACAGGAAAAAACUUUAUAGUUUGCUUGGAAUUGAUUUGACAGCUCCAAGUAACAAUAGUUCUCCAAGAGAUAGUCCAUGCAAAGAAAAUAAAGUAAAGAAGCGAAAAGGUGAAGAAAUUACUCGAGAAUCUAAAAAAGCACGAAAAGUUGGUGGCCUUACUGGUAGCAGUUCCGAUGAUAGCGGAAGUGAGUCUGAUGCCUCUGGUAACGAAGAGAGUGAUUAUGAGAGCUCUAAAAACAUGAGUUCUGGCGAUGACGACGACUUCAACCCAUUUAGAGAUGAGUCUAGUGAGGAUGAUGAAGAUGAUCCCUGGUUAAUCAGAAAAGAUCAUAAGAAGAACAAAGAUAAAAAAAAGAGGAAAAGCAUCGAUCCAGAUUCUAUUCAAAGUGCCUUAUUAGCGUCAGGGCUGGGCUCAAAGCGGCCCAGUUUCUCAUCCACACCCGUCAUUGCCCCUGCUCCUAACAGCGCACCAGCUAACAGUAACACCAACAGUAACAGUAGCCUUAUAACAAGUCAGGAUGCUGUGGAAAGGGCCCAGCAGAUGAAGAAAGACCUACUGGAUAAAUUAGAAAAAUUAGCUGAAGACCUCCCGCCCAAUACCCUGGAUGAGCUCAUCGAUGAACUCGGAGGGCCUGAGAAUGUUGCUGAGAUGACUGGCCGGAAAGGAAGGGUUGUAAGCAAUGAUGAUGGAAGCAUUUCUUAUGAGUCCAGGUCUGAAAUUGAUGUCCCCGUGGAGAUACUAAAUAUCACAGAAAAACAAAGAUUUAUGGAUGGAGAAAAGAAUAUUGCGAUCAUCUCGGAAGCUGCCAGCUCAGGCAUUUCAUUACAAGCAGAUCGGAGAGCUAAAAAUCAAAGACGAAGAGUCCACAUGACUCUGGAGUUGCCCUGGAGUGCAGAUAGAGCAAUUCAGCAGUUCGGUCGAACUCAUAGGUCAAAUCAGGUUACUGCUCCUGAAUAUGUCUUUCUGAUUUCGGAAUUGGCAGGGGAGCAAAGAUUUGCAUCUAUUGUUGCUAAAAGACUGGAGAGUUUGGGGGCACUGACGCAUGGUGACAGAAGAGCAACAGAAUCGAGAGAUCUGAGCAGGUUCAACUUCGACAACAAGUAUGGAAGAAAUGCUUUAGAAAUUGUCAUGAAAUCCAUUGUAAACCUAGAUUCUCCUAUGGUAUCACCACCUCCAGACUAUCCUGGAGAAUUCUUUAAAGAUGUUCGACAAGGACUAAUAGGAGUUGGCCUCAUAAAUGUAGAAGAUCGCUCUGGAAUUCUUACUCUGGAUAAAGAUUACAACAACAUUGGGAAAUUCUUAAAUAGAAUUUUGGGCAUGGAGGUGCAUCAACAGAAUGCGUUAUUUCAGUAUUUUGCAGACACACUAACUGCAGUUGUUCAAAAUGCCAAAAAAAAUGGAAGAUAUGACAUGGGAAUCUUAGAUCUUGGUUCUGGAGAUGAAAAGGUGAGGAAAAGUGAUGUUAAGAAGUUUUUGACUCCAGGAUACUCGACCUCUGGCCACGUAGAGUUAUACACUAUAAGCGUAGAGAGGGGUAUGUCUUGGGAGGAAGCUACCAAGAUUUGGGCUGAAUUGACAGGACCUGAUGAUGGCUUUUACUUGUCUUUGCAAAUAAGAAAUAACAAGAAAACUGCCAUUUUAGUUAAAGAAGUGAACCCUAAGAAGAAGCUUUUCUUGGUUUAUAGGCCUAAUACUGGGAAACAACUCAAAUUAGAAAUCUACGCUGAUCUAAAAAAGAAAUAUAAGAAGGUUGUCUCCGAUGAUGCCCUGGCCCACUGGUUAGAUCAGUAUAAUUCAUCUGCAGAUACCUGCACGCAUGCUUACUGGCGCGGCAAUUGCAAAAAAGCAAGUUUGGGAUUGGUUUGUGAAAUAGGCCUACGUUGCCGCACGUACUAUGUAUUAUGUGGCUCAGUACUAAGCGUCUGGACAAAAGUGGAAGGUGUUCUAGCCUCUGUCAGUGGCACAAAUGUGAAAAUGCAGAUAGUUCGACUAAGAACAGAAGACGGACAGCGGAUAGUAGGUUUGAUCAUUCCAGCAAACUGUGUGUCUCCUCUUGUAAAUCUCUUGUCAACCUCAGACCAGUCUCAGCAGCUCGCAGUGCAGCAGAAGCAGCUCUGGCAGCAGCGCCACCCGCAGAGCAUCGCCAGCCUGAGCAACGCCUAGAACCUCCCGCCUGGAUGUGUCUGAAUGCCGUGGAAGCAGAUCACUGGCAUAAAAAUCAGGGACCGUUUCCAAAGAAUUAUAUAUAUAUUUUUCAGUUGUGCUCUCGUUAAUUUUGGGGCGGGGGAAUAAGGACAGAUCGGGAGUAGACCGUAACCCUGAAGGUCAGCAGUGCCCACGGGGCACGCGUCUUUCCUGCGCUUCCCAGGGUACUCCCCACACGCUUCCCUCGGGUGAGCAGAGGGCUGUGCGCUCCGUGUGUGUCAGUCUGUCGGUGAGUCUGUGAAGGCUACAAACCACUACUGGUGUAGAAACGCUUGGACCGUCCCGGACUGGCUUUCCUUUGAUGUUUUACAGUGCUCAGGGUUAAUGCAGUACAUCCAUGCCGUUCCCAGGGAGUCAUCCCGGAUGCAUGUGUUUUGAGUCUAUAACUAGAAUAUAUAUUGGUUUCUUUCUCCAACUUAUUCAAUAAUAGAUUUAUAAGCAUGAAAUGAAAGGGUUGCAUAUCAUGCAUUCAGGUUCUUUUCUAGUUUUGUUCUGACUGUGCAUGUCUUUGAAAGCAUGCGUACACGAGAUUAACACAGAAGUCAAGACACGGAGAGAGACGUUUGUAGAUGUACAGCAUUGGUUAUUGCAUUUUUAUAGUGUUUAAAUGUUUCUACCUGGGUAUUGCUUCUCACCCUUUAGACCCCCUUCCCAUCAUUCCCUUCCCACCCCCCUCCCCAUUCUCCUACCCAGGUUUCUGGUCCAGGUAAUGAGUACAUACUUUUUUUGUGAUAAAAGUCUUAAAAGUUAAUUUUAAUGUAUUAAUAGUAUUCCUAAUGUGUGCUGCAAAAUGGCUGCAAGCCUGCUUUUCUUAAGAUUACAUUUCCUUAACUUAAAUAUAGUUUUAGUAAGAAUACAAAUCUGCUUCCAUCUUGCGAACAAUAUAUAUUUUUUUAAACUUCAUUGUCUUAUUUUGCUUUGUCACUCAUAAAAAAGGAAACUGUACUUGAGUUAUAAUCUAGACAAUGAGGAAACACUUGAGGCUUCUGCUGUAUGUUUUUUUUUUGUUUGUUAUUAUUGUUACUCAGUAACUUGAAUAUUGUUUAAUUGUUGUAAGACAUUGUAGAGUUUAUCUCAAGCAGUUAAAAAUGGUAAUGUACAAAUGUGAAUAGAUACUUAUCUAUAAUAUGGAUAAGUUUUGUUUCGCCUAUAAUAGAUGUUUAUAAAAACAUGUGAGGGGGCAAUUGUUGUUUGUUUUUUAUUUUCUCGUUCUUUUUCCCAUUUUUGCUUUUUGUUUUUGUUUUGGUGGGUUUUUUCUUUCCUUUUUUUUUUUUUUUUUUUUUUUGCUUGCACAGGUUGCACUAUUGAAAACUUGACUGUAUAAAUCUGGUCAAAAGCUGCAGGAUCGCAGAGUCUUGUAGAUGUUAAAUAAAAAGUUAUUGUACAAACAAGAAGUGGACUCUUGUUUAGGCCUCGUCCCUUCAGAAGCAGCCUGAGUGGCCUCUGCGGGCAGGAGGCGCUGUGAGGAAGGACUGCAGCGAGAGCGCUCGGGAGUAGCUCUCAGCUUGGGCUCUUCUUGUUGCUCUUUGGACUCCUCACAGAACACGUGAGAUGAAUGUUCGGUGGGAAGCUAUGGCUUUCCUCCCCCUCGGAUUUGUUUUAACCCGAGUUUGGUCAUGUCAAGUUCACCGUAUGUUUUCUUUUGAUUUCCUUAUUCUCGAUGCCUAAGAGAACAACCUGAGAAACAUCUUUGUUCUUUGGCCUUCUUUGCCCCGUGGAUGCAGUCUCUCGAGCCUCAGUCUAGUCCUGUCUCCGGCAAGAAGCCCGGGAACCGCACGCAGGAGCCGGCUCGGGCCCCUCAGCCAUCGGCUGCCAAGAGCAGAAUAACUGCACCUGAGCAAGACUCCCACUUAGCUCCUCUUUAUGCACGCUUGCCGCUGAGCUUCCGGCCAUGCUCUUAGGGGAACCAGAGCCGGAGCAGGAAACAUGCUCAUCUGCUCCUUUGCCCAUUUGUUAAAAUGAAAGGUUCAGACUCCCGCUUUCUCUAGUGUGUGUCUUGUUUUUGUUUUUGUUUUUUCAAAUUUAAUUUAAAGAAACACCAGUAUGAGAAUUCUUGAGCAGGCAGUUAAUUGACUCUUAGGAUUCAUGAUGCAGUGUUUGUUCUUGGAAUUGCUCUCUUGAUGCACUGGGCCUGUGUGUGCUCUGUUCUUUGUCAAACAGUUUGUUUCCAAGAUAGGCUCAGAAAUUAGGCUUAGAUCUCUCCUAGUGGACUUUGAAAAGACCAACAGUGUGACUGGGUGUGGAGCUCAGCACAGCAGGCCACACACCCGGCUAGGCUGCUCGGGGAUCACCUGACCCCUGUCACACUGCGCCCUUUCUGAGUCAGCAGCUGCAGCGUGUCCAGCCUGGAGGCCAGCACACAGGUCCUCCUCAGUCAGAAAAUCAGGACUUAGCAACAACUAAGUACUAAAAUGAGGUUCUUUCAUGCCAGGGUCUGGGUAAGACUUCUGAGCCGAGGGCCUGGCUGAACCUAAUGAGUCCAUAGGCUUCUCCAAGGCCUGUUCUCCACAUUGGGCAGGAUGGCUCUGAGCAGGAAGAUUUGAUGAUAAACUAUGUCAGUCUUUUCAAGGUCAGUUGUACUGAAAGAGAAUGUCCAGUCCAGAGCUGCUCAGGUGUUCCGGAAAAUUGUGUUCCCCUCACUUAACAGUCUCUUAUACACAAGAUCUUUAUUAGCAGCUUAGUGCAAUUAUCCAGCUCCUGUCAAUAAAGCAGAUUCCUAAAAGUAUUAUUGAAGUAUUUUUUAAACAUUAUUUGAUCGAAAAGCAUCUUGAGCAGUUUUCCCUUUUUUGCUGCUUAAUUGCAGAUACCUUUUUUCAGUGUCUUUAUAUCUGUAUAUAAAUUAGCAAGAACUUACACUCAGCGCAGUGUAAUAUAUAUAUAUAUAUAUAUUGUGUGUGUAUUUAUUCCAGCUCAGUUGAAUAGCACUUCAGUAAUCUUUCUGAGUUGCCACAAUAGAUUCAUUUUGCUUCCUUCCCCUGUAGAGGCAAAAGUUGUAGAUUACCAAGCCCCAGGAGAAUGUAGGAUUUCAGAGGCACAGUUUUCUAAUUCCUGCGGUGUUUUUUUUGCUAGUGUCCAUGUGAGUUGUAAGGGGCAGGACAAAUAAAGGAUACCGGAGCAGCAUUUAGAGUCGUAUAGCAGAAGCCUUACCCCACCCUCGAAUUGUCCAGGUUAGCGCAAGAUCAGAUGUUGAUGCACCUGAAUUUUUAUAAGUGGAACAAAGGAGCUCAUUCUCUUUCCCCGCCCACCCCCAGUUCAGAGCUUUGUCCCUGGCGGCAGUUGGAGGGCUGAGGUCCUUUUUCUUAGAGAUAUUACGAUGAAGCUUUCUGUCAGAACCCUUUUCUAAUGAGUGUCUUUGCUUCCGUGCAUGGUGCUACACGUGAGUCUCUGCUAGCUAGGAUCCAGUUAGGCCAAGCCAGGCAUUCCAGUGGCUGAGGGAUCACUGUGACGAUAGACGUUUGUGGGCCACCCAUCCUGCGUCUGGGCUCUCGCACACCCUGUAUGCUUAGCUGCUGGAGUACAGCAAGCAGUCCGUAUUAAGCUACAGCUGAAGCAGAGCUGUCUACAAACAAUUCUCAUUGGAUGCCAGUUGUGUAAUACACAUGUUUCUUCAGGACAUGUCAGUGAAGAAACACCUCUAGAUACCCCAGCCCAAGCUAGCUAAUAAUCCUUUUCUGAGUACUUGAGGUAAAAUCCAAAACCAACUUCUAAUUUUAUGCUGUACUUAUAUAUAUGUACAUAAUGUGUAUAUAUAGAAAUGUUGAGUUCUUUUGAAUUCUGAAUGUAAAUAUUUCUUGUAAAUGAGGAUCCACCCACUCGUUUUUCCCCUUUCCCUCUUCCCUUCAAUCCUAUUUAUUCUUUUCUUGACUUCCCAUGUGAAGCAUCUUUUUUAAUGUAGAAAAGUAUGAAAAGCCUUUCAGUUGAAGUUGUUCAGAUAUUUUAGAAUUCACAUUUGCAUCUUUACUGUAGAUAGAAUUUUUCUGUCUCAUUAAUAUUUUUCAACAUGCCUGAUUGUGUUUUGCAUUUUUAUUACCAAUUUUUACUGUGUGCAAUGCGUUAUAUUGGGGAGACGUACUUGAGUGCAAUUUCUGAUACUGUCAUUAUAUGACUAGUUCUGCUCAUUUGUGUUGCUCUUUGGAAGCUCUAGUGAGUGAGCUUGAUGUUUUCACCUAAAAUUGAUUUCUUCUCAAGACUUCUGAGCGCCUCUAACUUCUUCAGUGAGUUUGGGAUCAGACUUGCCUCUCCAGCAGACCCAGCUUGCCUCCCGCCCGUGAAGGUGGUUGUUCAGGCCUGCACCAGAUUCUGGGUCAGUGCAGCUGUCCAGCACAGGGAAUCUUGUCAUGUGGGAAGCAGUUUCUGGCCCACUGCUGUUGAGUUCAGAAGUGUGCCUGGCUGCCUCGCCUCAGGUGCUCGUCAGAAACUGACUUGGUAGUGCGAGCAUGCCCCGCGAGCUGCUGUCUGGCUGGAGAAGGCACGCCGAGAAAGCUGUUCCUGUUUCUCCAAGAGGAGAGCAACACUGCCACCUUCCCAGCCUUCUACUCGGGGGUUGGUACAGUGUCGAGGGCAAGACGGAGGAGACCGGGCAAGAAGCGUCCCCGCCUCACUAUCCUCACGCAUCCCGACUAGGACCGCCAAAGAUCUAGGAGCUGAGUUGUCUCCACGCACACGCGUGUCACGGUGGUAUCACAUCUGAUGACACCAUAAUUUCAGCCAGAGGCUGCUCCUGGUUCCGUGCAUGGGACCACAGGGUGCAGGCGCUCCAGCCCUCAGGGCCUUCUCUGUCUGGUCGUUAGUGUCGUCUCGUAGGAAUCCCAGGGGCGGAUUAUGAAAACGGGCAGCAGCAGGGAGGCGAGCAGCCGCUUUUUAUAGACUUUGCACUUUUGAGAGAGGAAGAUUUCUCCGUAACUUUUCAGCAAAGUGCUGUGAGCGUUUCAAAGGCCUUUCAUUCUUGUACUGUUCUACUCAUUACUGCUGGUAGGUUUGUUGGAAAUUUAAAAGUUGAGUCUUUGGAACCUAAUUUGUCAUGACUCUGGCCCGUCUGAGAUUAGUUCUCUUGUGAUCCCGGUUCAGAACCAUGCCACUCCGCUUCCAUCCCCGGGCGUCUCUGGCGUUGUUGGGUCCCCGCAGAGCGGAGGGCUGGGUGAGCCUUCGUUUCUGCAGUUCCGUCCCUCAAGCAGAAUGGCCCUGGCUCACCUUUCCACCUUCCUUCCCUGCGGGUCUCUGUGCUGUACCCAUUGUCGCUACGCUGAAGCAGUUGAGGCUUGAACCUUCCUUUCUGACUCCCACGUUUGGGAGCAAAGAGCUUUUUUUCUACCUAGCACACUUGCCGUCUCACCCUCCUGGGGGGAGGGGAAGUCAUUGAUUCAUGGUUUAUCCUGAUUCCGAACUACUGAUACUGUUUUUCAAUAACACUUGUACCUGCAUCAGUUGGGAGCGGGGAGGGGGUGCUGUACCUGCCAGGCUCACCGCUGCGGAGCGAAGGCUCCUGUGUACAUACGUAGGCCUGGCCCUUCCUCCCUUAGGAAGCGGACCACGUAUCCGGAAACAGCAGGAUGGAAUCCAAAGACUAUUUGAUAAAAAAGGACGUAAACUAUGUGUUUGUUUGAUUCUUGUUCUUCCUUUGACUCUCCCUUUUUGUAUUGUUCCUCUGUUUUGAAUGUCUGUCAGCGUCGGCCACUGCUGCUGAUAUGCACUGCUUCGCCACCCUGCCACGGUGACACAGCACUAAUCCAGAAGACAUUGUUCCAGCCAUUUUCAUAUGUGACUUUAAAAAUAUGGGGCCUCAUGCAAUAAAACUGUAUUGGCUGCAUUAGUGAGGUUUGAUCACCCUUACUGGCAAAACUGAUCAACAUGAAGCUUAACAAAUUCUGUAUUUCGUUUUAUGUUACUGUAUUUUAUUUUUGUUUUGUUUUGUUUUCCCCUUUUUUGGGUAAAAUUCUUAAAUAAAUUAAACUGGCUACUA